UCAUGCACGAUGCGUUGAAAUGCCUUGCGCUCUCGACAGACACCACGAUACCCGCUGGCUGACUGACCCGUUUAGCUGGACGGACCGUUUCUGCGAUGUGAGCGAGAAUAAUUAUAUGAGAGCGAGAGAGAUAACUCCACCUGACUCUCUUCCGAGACCGUCCACCCCUGAAGCUAAGGAAGACAUCCCGAGAGAGUGUAAAGGUAUGUAGACUAGCCCAAUCCUCUAUUAGUUGAUGACAACAGUAACAUUACAGGUAGCCUCCUGGGCUGUUGCCACUGGAAAAAGUUAUUCCGAGUUAUUGCGUUGAUUGUUUUGUGUAACUGCUUGGUGUAAUGACGCUACAUGAAAUAGCCAGAAUGAGAGGCAGAAUCUGACACCUGGAGAAAUACAGGAGCGGCGGAACAAGGCUACCCAUAGCUGUCUCUCUGCCUGGUGGAAUUACGCACGAUGGAUCAGGAAGAAGACUUUCUUGACUUCAAGUCCUUGAGGGCAAAGUUCCAGGAUGAGGAAAUGUUGCUGCUGAAGCAGCCCGGGACCAAAUCUGCUCUCCCUGAGAAACCUAAAGUCCUGCCUCCUCCUCACAGCGCUACAAACUGCCUUCCUUCCCUCAGCUCCACAUCACACACACCCUCCAACUCGCACUCCCUACCGCGCAGUACUCGACCUUCCCCCCUCUCCUCCCUUCAGGGGCCGGGUGGCAUCGCAUCCAGAGUCAUCGUCAAGGAGGAGAAGGUGAAGAGCAAAGACAAGGAUGAGGGGAAGGUGAAAUUACUAGGUAAAAAGAAGGCAGAGGUGAAGGCUGAUAAAGAGAAGUCGGAUGAAAGGAUGAAUGGAGGGAAAGAUGUUGUAGAAGUAGCGGUGAGGUCAGAUCUGCUGGACCAGAAACAGAAGAAAGAAGCAGACCUGGCCAUGAAGAACACGAAGGUGUCCCUGCUGUCCCCUGGGGGGUCUAAGGGGGGUAGUGUUGAGCUGGUAGACAUGUCACCACCGCCUAUAAACACAACAAAGAAGAAGGGUUUUCUGGGCAUCGGGAAGUCAGUGAAAAUAGGGAAGAAGAGGAAAGAGGGGAGAGUUGAGCUUCUUCCUUUCCCCAUACUGGACAUAGCCAGCCCAGACCUGGCUGACCCUGAACCUGUCAUGCUUCUAACCACCUUCGGAACCCCGGCCCCCCCUGGUGAUAUACCUAUACGUACCGUCAUGAUCCCACCUUCCCCAGCAGUACACAUUGUUCACUUACCCCCUGCCUCGAUACCUGCCUCAGUACUAGAUUCCCCCUUACCCCUGGAGCUGACUCAUAACCCAGUAUUUACCCUGUUACCCCCCACCCUGAAACCUGCACCAGCAGCUGAAACCAUUACAGUCGUUACACCACCUAACCCCAUCCCAGUGAUCCCUGACCCUCCUAUCAUUGAUCACAUCCCUGAAACCCUCAGUCCUAAAACCCCAGCUGAAACCAUCCCAGCCCCCACCCUGCCAGUAUCAGCCCGCCCUACCCCUUCCCCUGUUACUGCCCCAUUCAGCCCAAUACCAGCUCCCCCAGUCACCCAUAUACUUCCUGCUGUUCCCUCCCCACCUACACUCUCUACCUACACCCCACCUCCACCUGUUAUCGCCACUCCAUCCCCACCCCCUGACCCUACCCCCUCUCCUCCUCCUCCCCGUACACCUCCAGCUGCUGAACUUGACCCUGAGUCUGUAGUAGUGGAUAUUGCUGUUAUAGUUGAGAACUCUGCCUCUCCACUUCCCUAUCACACCCCCCCUCCCCCGGCUGGUGAUCCCUCAGUCGCACCCCCAUCCCUCCAGCCGGAGAGGCCCGUGGGGGUCCAGGAACGGCCACUCUCGGCCCUGUUGGCUCUAGGACGAGCAGAAGAGAUGAGUCCACCAAAAAAAAGAGGAUCAGAGAUAAUCUUCAAUGCCCUGGAGAAAGCUAAGAGGACGCUCACCAGCCCUCUUAUGAUCCCCAUUCCCUCCAGACCUGUCAUGCCCACCAUAGAGGACCUAACCCCACCUCCCCACAGCCCUAGCCCCACCCCGGUGAAAUCGCUACCUGAGCUCCCACCAAUCGACUACGAUGACCAGGCAGGGGUGGCGGCCCCUACACCCCUGAUACCGGCCCUAGUCAAAGGUAUUGACAUUAGGCAGGCGUCUCCUAUGUUGGAGGGGAUAGCAGAGAAGGGUGCAAGGGACCUCCUACCAGACCUGUUUGUGGUGCCCCCUCCUCCCCCGAGAAAGCACCUCCCAGAGGCCUCCACCCGAGGAUCCCCGCCAGAGAAACCCCCCCAACUCCCCUCCGUGGACCUGACUGCCUAUGCUGUGGAGAUUCCUGUUCCUUCAGCUGAUUCUGCUCUCGACAUUCCUGAGUUUGAGGAUGUAGGAUCAGAUGUUCUGGAAUUGGAAGCCCCGGAGUUCCAGCCUGCAGACUUAGACACCUCUAAUUCCACUAAGUGGAGAGCCCAGGCAGAAGACAGGGCCAAUGAGAGCUGUGGCAAUGCCUAUGAGGACAUGCCCUCAGCCAAGCAGAAGGUCAAGGGUCAACCCACCAAGAAAAAGAAAGGAACAGCGAAGAGUAAGACACAGGCACCUUACAACCCAUAUGCUGAGACUCAGCUUCUGACAGAAGAAACACCCACGACUGACUUGUUCUUGAAGAAGACUGCCUCGGAAACCCCAGAUGAGAAACAAAUGAAGAAGGAAAAACAACGUUUUGAGAAGGAGAGGAAAGAGCAGAAAGAAAGAGAGAGGAAAGAGCAGAAAGAGAAGAGAGAAAAUGAGAUGAAGAAAUUUAAGCUAAGUAACCCUAAGAGGAGAGGAGGGUGAAAUAGUAUUCUCGGCAGUAGAAACAAGUGUGAUUUCAAUCCUCAGGAUGUCAGAUUAUCUGAACAACAUGUUAACA